UAAAUGUUGAGUGCAGGGAGCCUUUAUUAAAUUAAAUGUUUGUGAGUGCAGUGGUAUCAUCACUGCAGCCCGUUAACCAAUCAGAGCGGAGCCUGAACGUCUCUAGUCGGGCCAGAAUGACCAACCUACACGACGUGGCCAAGUGGCCCAUCUUCAGCCUGAUGGAGGUGGAACUACUCAACAGCAUCCACCAGGCCUGUGUGUUCGGCAGCGGGGGCAACGAGGCUAUCUUCACCACCACAGACGGCGACGUCUACGCACUGGGCAACAACCACAACAGCUGCCUGGGGUUAGGGGACAUCCAAAGCACACUGGUGCCCCGCAAGAUUGAGGUAUUGUGCGGCAAGGGUGUGACGCUCAUGGCGUUUGGCAGCGGACCGCACGUGGUGGUUGCAACCGACAGUGGGGAGCUGUACAGCUGGGGUCACAACGGCUACUGCCAGCUUGGCAACGGCACGACCAGCCAGAGUCCAGAGAGGAUGGCUCCCUGCCUAAUAUCCAGCAGCCUAGGGGGCUGUAUGAUCAGUCAGGUGGCCUGCGGCAGCCACCAUACUCUGCUCCUCACAGACAAAGGAGAGGUGUUUGCGUGGGGCUACAAUAACUGUGGUCAGGUCGGGUCAGGAGCGACGGCCAACAUAAACGCACCCAGAAAGGUCUCCUCGUUACUCAGUGGCAAGAGAAUUACAGCGUUGGCCUGUGGUCAGACAUCAUCCCUCGCACUUGUGGACAAUGGUGAGGUGUAUGGAUGGGGUUAUAACGGCAACGGUCAACUAGGUCUAGGAAACAACGUCAACCAGCCAAGUCCCUGCAGGGUGUCCAGUCUGUCUGGGGUAGUUAUAUCACAGAUAACCUGUGGCUAUGCCCACUCCAUGGCCCUCUCAGACGAGGGCAUUUUGUAUUCAUGGGGUGCCAACUCCUACGGGCAACUAGGUACCGGCAACAAAGCUAAUCUAGUCACAGCUACCAGAGUAGGCACAGAUAUAGGAAGAUUUGUAGAGAUAGCGGCCACCCAUUAUUCCCACAUCUCCUCGGCCAUGUUGCAGUCCGGCAUGGUCUACAUGUGGGGCCAGUGUCGGGGUCAGUCUGUGACCUCACCGCUGCCCACCAAGUUCACCUGUCUGGAUGACGUGUUUGCCUGCUUCUCGUCCCCCGCCGUCACGUGGCGACCGCUGCGAUUCGAAACGUUUGUUGGAAGAAGGGCCCUAGAAGACAGCUUAAAGAGUUCAUUCGAUAACCAGGAAAAUUCCGACUUGAAAAUUAUGUUGGAAGGCAAGAGUAUUCAUGUACAUAAAGCUAUACUGAAAAUCAGGUGUGAGCAUUUCCGAAGCAUGUUCCAAUCUCAUUGGGAUGAGGAUGGAAAAGAUGUAAUAGAAAUCACCCAGUACACAUACCCAGUCUAUAGAGCAUUCCUUGAGUACCUCUACACAGACUCUGUCUCGGUGGAUCCUGAAGAUGCUAUAGGACUUUUGGACCUGGCCAAUUCCUACUGCGAGACCCAUCUCAAGAAACUGUGUGAACGCAUCAUCAAGCAGGGAAUCAACGUGGAAAACACACCAACGCUGAUGGCAGCCGCCAUCAAAUACGAGGCACAGGAGCUUGAGGAUUUCUGCUUCAAGUUUGCAGUCAACCACAUGACGGCUGUCGUCCAAACAGAGGCAUUCCAAAACCUAGAUGACUACUACCUGAAAGAGUUCCUGACCAAGGCUGCAAAAUGGGGUGCUUUUAAAUACUGACAGCAGGCCCCUGGGGAACGGGAGGCCCCUGGGCAUUUAGAGGCCACUAGGCAUUUAGAGGCACCUGGGCAUUUAGAGGCUCCUGGGAAGUGAGAGGCCCAAAUGACAAUGAGAGACCCAAAUGGCAAUGAGAGACCCCUGGGCAAUUGGGGAUCCCAGUUGUAUUAGAGGGUUUAUAGCAGUGAGUGGACCAUAGGCUCUAAGAGGCCCCUGAGCAUCAAGAGGCACUUGGGCAUCAAGAGACACUUGGGCAUCAAGAGACACUUGGGCAUCAAGAGGCCCCUUAGAGGCCCCUGGGCGCCAAGAGGCCCCUGGGCCCCGAGAAGCCCCUGGGCACAGAGAGGCCCCUGGGCGUCGAGAGCUGAGGCCCCUGGGCAUCGAGAGGCCCCUGGGCGUCAAGAGGCCCCUGGGCACCAAGAGGCCCCUGGGUGCCAAGAGGCCCCUGGGUGCCAAGAGGCCCCUGGGCAUCAGAAGGCUUCUUGGCAAUCAGAUAUCCUGAGCCUAUCGAUAGGCCCAUGAGCAGUGGAAGGCUCCUGGGUAUCAUUAGGCCCCAAGGCAACCGGAAGCCCCUUUACAAUUGAAAGCCCAAUCAAUAGGAGGCUCUAGGGUGACAGGAGGCCGCUAUCACUAAAACCAGGCAGAUCAAAAAGGUUUCAAGUUACCAGCUCCUACUGCUGUAAUUGCAGCACACGUGAAAUACACAUUCCACAGGUUUGAUUGCCCAACAAACCUUUUCUUUUUAUCCAACUACCUUUUUUUUUGUAAAGUAACCCUCUAGAGCCGCAUACAGCCUCAGGCAAAACAUUUUACGGGCAGGACAACAUCUCAAAAUCUAAAUUACAUGUACCUUCUUCUGUCUGGUUUAGGGAUGUCUUUGUGGAAGAUGCUUUGCAUGCUGAAAUUUUGCAUAUAGAUUGAUACAGGGGCUCAUCCAUAGGUUGAGGGUAAUCCUGAAGUCUAAGCCUUGGUGGACAGACCAUUCCACAGCAUUGUCUGGCAUACUGUAGAUCCUUUCCAUUGCUGCCACCUUUGAGGUGCGUUCUCAUCAAAGAUGGCUGCUGAAUGGAAAAGGUACGUCUAUUGGAAGGGAUUAUUUUGCAAUAGAUAUCCUCCAGAUGUCACAUGUAAAUAGUAAAGUCACACAGAAUAAUGUUUAGCAUGAAAUGGCAUUGUGUGAAGCCAUAACCUUGAAGCUGACACCCUAUUCUAAUUUUGUGCAAUUUUGGAUGGUGACCCGUUCUACAAAUUAAAAAAUGUUAAUGCGAAGUACAUAAUGUGCAGUGGUAUUGUUAAGUGUUCAGUGAAUUUCAAAAUGCUGUUUCAAAUCUUUCAUUUUUUAGCUGUUAUAAUACAUACAAGCUUGUUAAUUGGUUGUGCUUCGGAUGAGGUGUGUAAUGUAUAUGCACGCUUUUAUGACCUCACUUAAAUGACAGUCUGUCACGGUUCAUCUACGUGGGCUUUCAGCCAAUGUCGUCAGCGUCUCAACUCUUUUUGUGAAGGUUGUCAACUGAUAUUCAUUGUCAUGCCUCUUAAUUCUAAAAAAUUAAAAGAUUGUAGCUUGACACUGAAGAAGUGCCAGUGGCCAUAAUUCCAUUGUAACAACAGGCCGAUUCCAUAUCUUUGGUUAAUGUUUAACCUAUAUUGGAACAAAUCUAAUCGGAGUCUAUUUUUCACCGGAUUUGCGCCCUGAUCUUUUCGUUUAAUAACGUUUGGCUUGUCAGUCUUUAUUUCAAAUGGUUCAAAACUUAUAAAAUGCUGUCCCUCUUAUUGUAUUCAUCUUGUCUGUGUUGCACAUAAACGUAUAUUUUCCUGAGUAAAAUGCA